GCACUGCUCCCGCUGCUGUCAAACAUGGCUGUGCUUUUUGGAUAAAGAAAAAUGUUCAAUAGGCUUCUUAGAUUUCCAUUAGUAUCAAACGAUGGCUAGAUUGGCUGAUUAUUUCAUUGUGGUGGGAUAUGAUCGCGAAAAAACAGGCUCAGGGGAAGGAUGCGGGAAAAUCAUCCAGCGCUUUCCAGCAAAGGACUGGGAAGACACAGCGUUUCCCCCUGGAGUGGAGAUGUUCUGUCAGCCUGGAGGAUGGAGCUUGUCUUACAAGCGAAAGCAGCCCACAUUCUUCACUGUGGUACUGACUGACAUCGACUCCAACAGACACUACUGUUCCUGCCUGACCUUCUUUGAAGCAGAGAUCAACCUGCAGGGUCUGAAGGCGGGCGAGAGAGAUGGGGAUGAAGAUGGAGAAGAGGUGGAUGGUUUGAUAAAGCCUGCUCAAGUCUUUGCACCUAAAAGUCUUAUUCUGGUAUCCAGACUGGAUUUACCAGAUAUAUUUCGGGGCUGCCUGGGUCUGAUUUACACGGUAUACAUAGACAAUCUCAGCUUCCCGCUGGAAAGCCUGGUGGCCAACCUGCUUACCUGCAUCGUGCCGCUGGCUGGAGGAUCUCAGAAGCUCUUCUCACUAGGAGCAGGUGACCGGCAGGUGAUCCAGAUUCCUCUGAACCGAAACCUUCCUGUGACCUUUAAAAGUGUGGCUCUCCUUUUCCAGCAACUAGGGAUCCAGAAUGUCCUCAGCCUCUUCUGCGCAGUGCUGACAGAGCACAAGGUUUUGUUCCAUUCCACCAGCUACCAGAGACUGGGCGAUGCUUGUCGUGCCCUCGAGUCGCUUAUGUUCCCGCUGAAGUACAGUUACCCAUACAUUCCCAUCCUGCCGUCACGCUUACUGGAGGUCCUGAGUUCUCCGACACCUUUCAUUAUAGGUGUUCACUCCGUCUUCCAGAGUGACAUAGAGGACCUGCUGGAUGUCAUCAUCGCUGACCUAGAUGGCGGGACAAUAAAAAUCCCGGAAUGCAUCCACCUUUCCCAUCUGCCGGAGCCGCUGCUGCAGCAGACCUGCAGCGCCCUGUCUACGGUUUUACAUCCUGACCUUGAGGUGGCCGAUGAUGCUUUCCCUCCCAGUCAUGUGGCCUCUCCCAACAUAAAACACCUGGAUAAGGAUGUUCGGGCCGUGUUCCUCUGGCUCUUCGCACAGCUCUUCCAGGGAUACCGGUCCUGCCUGCAGCUGAUCCGCAUCCACUCAGAGCCGGUCAUACAGUUCCAUAAGACAGCCUUUCUGGACCAGAGAGGCUUAAUGGAGAACGACUUCCUCGCCAAGGUGAUGGAUGGCAUGGCGUUCGCCGGCUUCGUCUCCGAGAGGGGCCCCCCCUACAGGGCCUGCGAUCUGUUUGACGAGCUGGUGGCCUUGCCUCCGGAGCACUUUAAGGAGGAAGCCGCAGACCCUGCUAAGCUGCAGCAGCGGAUCCGUGAGAUUUCGGAGCAACUGUAUAAGAACGAGAAUCCCAACCCACACAUGGCUUUCCAGAAACUUCCACGUCCCACCGAGGGCUCCCACCUCCGUGUGCACGUCAUGCCAUUCUCCCGUGUGGACGAGGGGAGCGUGCAGGCACUGUUGGAAGACGGGCUGGCCAAGCACCACAGCAAUCCCAUAAGCAAAUACCCUGAGAAGAAGUGUGUGGUGCCCCCCGGACCACCAGUAGCGUCCAUCUUUGGCCAGACCGGCUCCGUCUUCAACAGUGCCCGGAGGCUGGAGGUGGUGAGGAACUGCGUCACAUCCAUCUUUGAGAACAAGAUCCUGGAGACAGAGAAGAUGAUUCCCGCCGCCCUCCGAGCCCUGAAGGGCAAGCCGGCCCGCCAGUGCCUGACAGAGGAGCUCCAGCUGCACGUGCAGCAGAACCGGGCCAUCUUGAACCACCAGCAGUUCGACCAUGUUGUGCGGCUGAUGAAUUGUGCGCUGCAGGACUGUUCCAACUCUGAGGAGUUUACGGUUGCUGCUGCUCUCCUACCAUUACUGACGGCCUUCUACCGGAAACUGGCACCUGGAGUCAACCAGUUUGCCUACACAUGUGUACAAGACCAUCUGAUAUGGGCAAAUCAGCAAUUCUGGGAGGCGACGUUCUACAGCGAAGUCCAGAAGCAGAUCCGAGCCCUUUACCUCUCUGUUCCGUCAGAAAAAACAGGACUUAUAGUGAAGCCAGAGGAGCGGGGCCUCCCCACCCCAGCUGGCACCGAGCGUACGGCCAUGGACCUGGCGGCAGAGCAGCUGUGCUCCUGGCCCGGCCUCAGCAAGGAGAAGCAGCGGGAGCUGGUACAGAGCGAGGAGAGCACGGUGUUCAGCCAGGCCAUCCACUACGGCAGCCUCAUGGUCUACCUGCUGGUGCCGCUGGACGUCAGCAAGAACAAGCUGCUGCGGGGCACACCUGCCGCCGACUGGGAGACCACCAGCAACAGCGUCAUCACCACCAACAGCAUUGCAGGAAGCGUGGCAGAAAGCUUCGAUGCGGAGAGUGGCUUUGAGGACUCCGAGAAUAACGAUAUCGCCGUGCGGUUCAUCUCGCGCUUCAUUGAUAAGGUGUGCACAGAGAGCGCGGUCACUCAGGACCACAUCAAGAACCUGCACAGCAUGAUCCCAGGUAUCGUGGCCAUGCAGAUGGAGACGCUGGAGGCUGUUCAUCGUGAGAGCAGAAGGCUCCCCCCCAUACAAAAGCCCAAGAUCCUCAAGCCCCACUUGCUCCCAGGAGAGAAGUUCAUCUCUGAGGGUCUGCGAGUGGUCCUCGACAAUGAUGGGCGAGAAGAAGCCACAGGGGGGGUUCUGGGUGGCCCACAUAUCCUUCCUGCAGAGGGGGCGCUCUUCCUUACUACCUACCGUGUCAUCUUCAAGGGAACCCCUCUUGACCCUCUAGUGGGCGAGCAGCCGGUGGUCCGAAGCUUCCCCGUAUCCACCCUGACCAAGGAGAAGAAGAUCAGCAUCCAGAGCCAGCUGCAACAGAGCCUGCAGGAAGGCCUGCAGAUGCGCUCCGCCUCCUUUCAGCUUACCAAGGUGGCAUUUGAUGAAGAGGUGAGCUCAGAAGUGGUGGAGAUCUUUAAGAAGCACCUCCAGAGGAUACGCUGCCCGCAGUCCAUCUUCAGCACGUUCGCCUUCGCUGAAGGGCAGACCAUGCCCCAACUGAUUCUACCUAAGCAGAAGGAGAAGAACAUCGGCUUCCGCACACUUUCCAAAACGAUUGUGAGAGGAGCCAAAAUGGCGGGAAAGAUUACCAUUGGGCGCCCGCACGUGGGCAAGAAAAACGAGAGGGGUAGUCGCAUGACCUAUCACGAGGACGACGAUAUUUCAGCGUCCGACGAUGGGGAACCUCCAACCUGUGGCACCCUCAAGACUUCUGACAAGUCCACGAUGGAGCAGCUGGUGGAGCAAGCCUUUUUCCGGGACUUCCAGCGACUGGGCCUUGGUGCUGUUACUGCCAGCUCCUCACGAACCAAGGCCGGCGAGCAGUUCCGGGUCACUGCUGUCAACAGGCUGUACUCGCUGUGCCGGAGCUAUCCUGGGCUGCUUGUGGUGCCCCAGUCGGUGCAGGACAGCAGUCUGCAGAAAGUGGCCCGCUGUUACCGCCAUAACCGCCUGCCUGUGGUGACCUGGAGACACCCUCGCACCAAGGCUGUGCUACUCCGCUCCGGGGGCUUCCACAGCAAGAGCAUGGUGGGGCUCUUUAAGUCCCCCAACACCGCUUCCACAGCACCGGUUUCCUCAGAGUCUUCCAGUAGCCUGGAGCAGGAGAAAUACCUGCAGGCCAUACUGAGCUCCAUUCCAGCCUGCCUCAAAAAGAGUAACACAGACAACCCCAGAAACUGUGAUCUGACUGGUUUGUCCCCAGGCAGUGAAAGACGGACGCCCAGAACACCAAAGAUGGCGCCCGUCCACUUGGACAUUCCUAACAGCUUUGCUCGAGGGGGCGUCUGGGCCAGCAUCCGCGCCAGCAGCCGUUUCGCCUCCCACCCCGCGCCGGCUGAGGCGGCGUCGCGGCUGGCCCCCCCAGCGGGCAGCGAAAACCUGCAGGCCCAGCUACUGAAGGAGCAGGCUGCCCUCUAUAUCUUCGGAGAGAAGUCCCAGCUCAGGGGCCUCAAGCUGGACGCCAGCCUGAGCUGUGAGCUGGUGCCAGUGGACGUCAUCGAUACACGGCAAGUGAAGGGCUCCUUUAAGAAGCUGCUGAGGGCCUGUGUGCCCAGCCGCAUGCCCUCUGACGCCGAGGGCAGCUUCCUUAAGAGCCUGGAGGAGUCCGAGUGGAUCUUGCAGCUUCACAAGAUCCUGCAGCUGGCCCAGAUCCUGGUGGAGCUACUGGACACAGGCUCUUCAGUCAUGCUUAGCCUAGAGGAUGGUUGGGACCUCACCACCCAGGUCAUCUCUUUAGUGCAGUUGCUAAGCGACCCAUUUUACCGGACCCUGGAUGGAUUCCAGAUACUCCUGGAGAAGGAGUGGUUCUCCUUUGGUCACAAGUUCAGCCAGCGCAGCAACCUGUCCCCAAGCAGCCAGGGCAGUGGCUUCACGCCCAUCUUCCUGCAGUUCCUGGACUGCGUGCACCAGAUCCACAACCAGGCUGUGUUAGAAUUUGAGUUUAAUCAGCAUUACUUGAAGUUCUUGGCCUACCACUAUGCUUCCAACCGCUUCAAGAACUUCCUCCUGGACUCUGAGUAUGAGCGCCUUGAACACGGCAUACAGUUUGAGGACAAGGGUGACAAACAGGCCAAGAAAGGGAUCUGUAUCUGGGACUGCAUUGGGCGGAUGCACCGACGAGAGCCUCUGUUGUUCAACUACCUGUACAGCCCAUCUGAGACUGAGCCUGUGAUCAGGCCCUCCAUCGGCAUGGCCAACCUCAGAAAGUGGGACUUCUUCACUGAGGAGACCUUGUCCACGGGUCCUUCCUAUGACUGGAGUAUGAUAGCCAGCCAGAUAGAAGGCAGCGAGAACACGGACACCAUCGCCAGCAGCAAGAGGAGGAUCGUUUGGCCUUGCUACAGUAACGUGACUCAAGCACAGCCAGAUGCCAUCAGCAAGCUGCUGACUGACAUAGAGAAGCUGGAGGUGGAGCUUGGCCAGACCCCCGAACGAUGGCAGACUGCACUGGAAAAGGUGAAGACCAACAUCAAGGAGGACCUGAAACAAGAAAGUAAUCUGCACAAGCAGAGCCUGGCCAUCUCGGGCCUGAUCCCCACCUCCGGCCUCACGGCCUCACAAAGGCGCUCCAUGCUCUACCUACCGGACAGCAGUCUGGCUAAGGAGAGCAGCCCAUCUGCUUCCAAUGGGGUCAGCCGCAGGGCUGCCACUCUCUACAACCAAUUCGCUCCCAAGAAUGAUGAGAACCGCUCAUUUGAAGGUAUCCUGUUCAAACGAGGAGCUUUGCUCAAAGGCUGGAAACCCCGGUGGUUCGUCCUAGAUGUUACCAAACACCAGAUGAGAUACUACGACACGGGUGAGGACACGAGCUGCAGGGGCUACAUUGACCUGGCGGAGGUGGAGUCCGUCAUGCUAGCUACUCCCACUAUCGGAGCACCCAAACACAUCAGUGAGAAGGCCUUCUUUGAUUUGAAGACAACCAAGCGGACAUACAACUUCUGUGCUUCGGAUGCCCAGAGCGCCCAGCAGUGGAUGGACAAGAUCCAAAGCUGCAUCUCUGAUGCGUGACCAAUCGCACCCCAGCCUGCAGAGUGGAUGUGGUUGUUGGAGGGGGUACACAUCUGGCCUUCAGACAAUGUCUCGUGAUUUGCACUAUAACAGUUUAUGCGGCAUUAGCAUGCAAACACUGACAGGUCUAAUGCUGUUCUUUUGGAACUAUGGAGUCUGUGUCAAGACAGAAUUAAAGGGUUUUUUGUAUAAUGCAAAAAUGUUCUGCUGCUUUUAGAGUACAAUAGCAGGGACCAGAAAUAUAUUACCGAAAGUGCACUAAGAUCUUUAGCACUUAAAAUGCUGUUUUUUAAUAUACUGUAUACAUUUUUUUUGAAGGCGCUAAUUUGGUUGUUAAAAAUUACAUUUCUCAGAUAAGCUGAGCUGCAUUUAAAUUUUUGCACAGUGAAGUUACGAUUUUGCCCUGACAUUUUCAAUGCAUAACUUUUUCAUGGUUUUGUGACGUUUUAUGGAAUACCUAUAUGUUUCACUACAGUGUUGUAAAUUAAAUUUUGUAUUGAAAGCGUACUUUGUGUAUUUCAAAGAACAGUCAAAUGUUUAUUAGAUUGACAGGUGUACAUCUGUCUUUUAUUCUUUUUAUAUAUUUGUAUUUAAGAAUUUCUUUUGGUUAAACUUAGCCAAAUUAAACAAAUUACUUUUUGGUCAUUAUUCCCUAGUGUGUUCACUUUAUGUAUUGGAAACUUUGUGUUACGGAAAGGUGCAGACCUUAGUUUGCCCAUUUGUGCUGAAAAGGAUUAUCUUGUAUAUUAUGCAUUUUAUUUAAUGAGAGUGGGUCUGUACCCAGUAUUGAAAUGUAUUUGCUGGUAUAAUAUCAGCAAACCACAUAUUCUGACCUCACUGCAUUAUAAGAAAAUGCUAGAUUGUGUAUCAUAGUUCCCAGGUGCACAAAGUGUCAGAGGUAUAUUUUCACAUUCAUUUCAAACACAUUUUUUCUUAUUUCCUGUUUGUUUAUUGCUUUUUGUAUUUGCCCCUGAGAAAAACAACUGUAUUUCACUGAUUUAAGUUAAAUAAUUAUCAGUCAGUUAUUCAUCAAUAAUGAAUUGUAUUAAUUUAUAAUAAAUUUAACUAUAUAAAUUUAACAUAAACACAUUUUCAAAUAAAUCUGGAUCGAAAAGUUAGCAUAUUUACAUGCUCUAUGGGAUGAGAAUAGCCCUUAUAGUACCAUUUUUUUCAAGCAUAAGUUAAUUUUCAAGCAUAAGUUAAUAAGUUUUUAUCUAACCUCAAACUUUAAAGAAACCAAAAGGAGAAAAAAAUAUACUGACCCCAGAGAGAGGUAUUAAAGAUUUAUGUUGCUGUUUCUGUACACAGGCUACAAUGUGGCUUUAAACGAUGCCUUAAAAUUAGUUGUUUAGGUCAUAUUUCUGGAAUGGUCUAAAUUUCUGCCAGUACCAUGUGGAUAUUAAAACAAAAAAUAUAUAUAUUUACAGCAAGCAGAAAAUUGCUACAGAGAGAAUUUUGCCAUUUCUCAUCCAACAUAUUCGCGUCUCGGUCCAAGACACUGUUUCAAAAUAACAUCGUUACUUCUAUGGUUGCAUAACUGGACAAAGCAAGUUCUGUAAACUCAGAUAAAUCUCUGUUUGUAAUCAUGAUUUCCAUUUAUGUUUCUCUGCAUUACAAGUUAAUCACAGUGAGUGAGUCUAUGUCUAUCACUGCAAUGUUACAGUAAUCUCAUCUACUGUAGAUCACGGCUUUCACCUGUCAGGUAAACAGCUGUUUAUUAAUGUAUUGAAAACAGUGAAAACAUAUGAAUGUUUCCCUGCUGCAAUGUAAGUGUUCUUUAUUGCUGUGUGAGCUCUGGGCAGUACUAUCUGGGCAGUACUAAGUGCUAUCACCAAAUUUUGGACCAAUAUAGUGAUAUAAGUUCAUCUUGGGUUUCCCCUCAACAUCCAGUGACACACAUCCUGUGGAGCAACAUGUUAUUUCCUUUGGCCUGUAGAACCAAUUACUACAAUCUCAGGGGUACCAGCUACAUGUUGUGAUGACAGUAUCAUGGUGUUAAUCAAGUAGCAUUAGGCAACAGAUGACACUUAAGGGAAACACAAGUGUAUUUGCUUUCAUUUACUUUUUAAGCUCCUGAAUGAUUGACUUGAGAACCUCAAAACCACAUAAUUCCUCUCUCUGAUGUCAGAAAGUUUUAAGCACAUUUGUUGGUGCUGUUCGAAACACUGCCAAAUACAACAAUUUCAGCCAUACUUGCCAAGUCUCCUCCCCAUCUCAGACUGGAUGAAAAGGGCAAGAAUCCCUGAGAAUGAGGCAAGACACUACACAGUUUGUGGCAUCUGCUCUGGCUAUCACCGUUGCCCGACAAUGUGCCUUGCCAGAUAAUUCCGGAAUCCUCGAUUCAUCAUUUUAUGGGAAUGCAGACAAAAAGUGGCACGCUAAAAAUCUCACACUAGAACAAUGGGGAGUACCGUGGGUUAUCCGAGAUGUGAUCAGCACAUUACUGUUUUUCCUCAUUUCCCUCCUUUUCCUCAGGGUCAAAAACCAUACUGAAAUGAGCACCUUUCCCAUGAAAUCUUAUUCAAAGCAGAGUCUUGUCAAGCAGCAAACGGUCACCCUAGACAGGAAGUCAUUUCCUCAUAAGAUACCCAUUAAGGGCAGUGUAGAGAGACUGAUGAACCCAAAUCACAUGUCUUUGGCCAGUGGCUGAAACCUGCUAUCCAGGAACACCAUCACCCGCAGAGCCAAGCAGUGAACUGACAGCUGUGGAGGGUAAAGAACAAAGUUCUAUCCACAGCUGUAUCUAAAGUUACAGGUGAAGAACGAAGCCAUGAGUGAAUUGAAGGACUUCAGUCAGCCAGACAAAUUGUUGUCAAGGAAGUAAGGAUGUUUUUAAUUUAGGCCAUUUGCUUAUUUGCUUGGAAAGCACCGGUUUGAUCUAGCAAAGGGGAGAAUUGUGUAGCACUGAAGAAUGUCAGUGUUUGUGUGUGUGUGUGUGUUCUCUGCCUUGUUCCCAGACAGUCAGCUCAGGGAGCAGGUGCAGAGUGAAGUAACAUCUGGAGUCGCUGGCCGUGCUCCACAGAUUGAGCUCCUUCUUGGAGCACUGGAUUAGCACCUCUGUCCGCAGGGAGGCGGAUGCCACGGAAGCUGGAAUCCUCCUGGGUUUCCGGAAAUGGCCUGGAACAUAGACAUGUGUCUGUCCCCAUGUGGGUAUUGUUUCAUAACUUACAGGAGAGUCAAUGAAAGGCUUAAAAUGACAAGAACAUGAACCUACGCUGAAAGCAUUUUCUUUGUAGUAAAACUGCCAGUUUUCUUCUGCUUUCAUUAACAAGAAGACACUGUUUCCUUCUAAAAAUAAUUCUAAAAAUAACAGCAGUAAUGUUUAGUUAACAGAGCCUCAUGUCUGUAUUCAGUUUUGUAACUUCAAAUAGUCUUCUCUGUGGUUAUAGGAGUAUUGUAUGAGUUAUCAUGAUAUAUCAGUUAUAUAUCAGAUUUUUUGAUCAGACUGGAUUGUUUCAAUAUUACAUGUACUGACUCAUCAUAUUCUGCUGGAUUAUGUAUUACAUCUGUGUUUAGCAUUCACAAAAUUUCCCGAAUAAAUCUGAAAUCUCCUUCAA